AUGUCAUCACAAGCACAAGUUUUAACACAGUUAACUUCAUAUAGCAAGUACUAUAAGACCUUCAAUAAUGAUGAGGGUACUAUAAACAACUGUAGUGGCAUUGAUGUCCAACCUGAUAAGUUAAAGUCUCCAUUGGAAAGUAAAUUCAACGACUGUAAGAAAAUUACUGCCGACGCUGAUAAAAUCGCAAAGGCCUACUGUUCCGCAUGUAACAUGAAUACAACCAAAAAAAUGGACGGUGAACCCUGUUAUUUCUUUUACCAUUGGUUGGGAGAUAAGUACUGGAAUGACUUAGGUAAUAAAAAUUUCUUAGACCUCUUGAGGGAAAUUCAUGAAACGCUGAGGGGAAAUACACAUACAGACAAAUGUAGAUUUCAAUACAGCGAUGUUAACGACACACUUCUCCCCCAAAUGAAAAAAGUAUUCGACUACUACUACGACCAUAAAAUCAUACAAAAAAAUUUACUUAAGAAUUUGCCCAAAUGUGAAGCAAAAUGGAUGGGUUACUUAGAGGGAAUUGCUUCAGCAUGUAUUACCAUAAGAGCAGAUUGCAAGGGGAAGGACCGCACCAGUACUAAUUCAUAUUGUUCCGACUUCCAUACUAAGUAUAUGGUACAUUGCGGUGUUGCGGAAGCGUUAAAUGUGUAUUGUACAGAAGCAUCUACCUUAGGGGAAAGUUCGCAACAUACCUCCGUAAAAGAAAAAUUAAAGAGCGAACGGCAUCUCGCACAACAAGAACAACAAUCCACACUCACCAAACUAGAAGAAACUCUUCUUCAAGCAAAUAAAGCUUCUUCUCUUUCUUCUGCUUUUGGUACCAUAGCAGCAUUAGAAUUACCAGCGGCCCUAUUCCUUUUAUACAAGUAUAAACCAUGGUCUUCUUGGUUUGGUAAUCAUUCUUCUGGAAAUGGAGAAAGAGGAAGAAGCAACACAAGAAAGAGAAGAUCCACCAGGAAUGAAUUCGAUACAUUAACGGACGAUGCUUCCACAAUAACGGAUUCCAUAAUAGGUGACUCCACAACAGCGGAUGAUUCCACGACAGUGCAUUCUACUGCAUACACAAGACAAGCUACAGGAAAGUCUACCAGGGGAAGAACAAGGACAAAUAAUACACCAGGUCAUCAUCAAAGAACAAAUGUAGGUUACGGUCGUAUGUAA